GAGAAACAGGCAGCUACAAAUACGAUCGAGCCUCUGUGUAAUGAGAUUAGAAGAGACCGAGGACUGACAAAGAAUAAAGAGAACCACACGGAUUUAUAUACUGCUUUCAACAGAAUCCACCAUGGAUAAAAACGCUGAGAUUGACAUGAAAGAUGUAGAGCUCAAUGAGCUGGACCCUGAGAAGCAGCCCAUGACAGGGGACGUCCAGGCUGUUGGUGGAGAGAAAAAUGGCAGCGUCAAGCUGAAGGUCCCUGAGGAGGAGGUCACAUUCACCGGCCUGUCUAAAGAGGAGCUGAUGAAGGUUGCUGGCACUCCAGGAUGGGUGAGGACGCGUUGGGUGCUUCUUGUCCUGUUUUGGCUGGGCUGGGUGGGCAUGCUGGCUGGAGCAAUAGUGAUCAUAGUUCAGGCCCCUCGCUGCAAACCCAUCCCUGAGAUGAACUGGUGGAACCAAGGACCUCUGUACCAGAUAUCUAACUUCAUGUCCUUCUCUGGUGGAAUGGCAGAUGCUGAGAAAAAGCUGGACGAGAUCAACCAGUUGAAGGUGAAAGCUGUGGUUGUGGGCCCUCUUCACACUGUCCAGGCUGAUAUGCUAGAGACCCUGGAUCUGAAAGAGGUCGACCCGACCCAUGGAACAAAGCAAGCCCUGGUUGCUGUAAUGGAAAAGGCCCACAAGAAGGGUAUUUCUGUGGUGCUUGACCUGACUCCAAACUACCUGGGAUCUGCUCACUGGUUCCAACAAGACAAACUUACUGAGGUGGUGGAGAGAGUCAAGGUUGCAGCAGAGUACUGGCUGAACUUGGGUGUUGAUGGCAUCAAGAUAUCUGACUUCCAAGAGGCCUCCUUGUCUCCUGAUUGGUCAAAGUUUCAGGCCGCCGUCCAGGGCAACCGCACUGAGGACACUCCAAAUAGGUUGCUGAUGGGUGUGGUUGAGGCUAGUACAGCUACAGAAGUGUCAGAGCUUGUCAAUACCACAGGCAUCGAUCUCGUCCUGUCUGACCUGCUCAACAACAACAAAGGAGGUGUUGACUACAUCAAGGACAUGGAUGCUCUUCACACUGUGCAAAGAAAUGUGGGCUGGGGUCUCGGUGCUGCCCAACUGGACCAGCUGUCUAAACAGGCAGUUUCUCAGAGCCUGAUCCGUCUAUACCAGCUCCUGCUGUUCACCAUGCCCGGAACCCCGGUGUUUACCUACGGAGACGAGAUCGGCCUUAAGUCACAGGGUGAAAAAUCUCCCGACAUGGUUUGGGACCUGCAGGACCCUGCUGAAGGAGCUGUUGUUAAUGAGACUGCUGAGGCUGAGCGGAAAGAGCAUGUUGCUGUAAGGAAGUGGUUCAGAACCCUCAGUGAAAUGCGGGGCAAAGAGCGCUCUCUCCUCCACGGCGAUUACUACUCUCUCCACUCUUCCCCCAACUCCCUCGCUUUCCUCCGUCUGUGGGACCAGAGCGAGAGAUACAUAACAGCUGUCAACUUGGGAAAUAAGUCUGAGACAGUCACAUUCAAACUGGCACCUACAGAAGAAGUAAAGUUGCCAGCCACAGCCCUUGUCCAUCUGUCAACUGACUCGGCCCUGGAGGCAGAAUCCACAGUCAACCUGGAUAAACUCGAAUUGGCACCGGGACAAGGGGUCUUGCUGAAGUUCCCCUACAUGGGCUAAAGAUGGCGCCACACAAUACAAAUGCCACCUGUAGAUUUAGACUUGUUUUUAAAAAAGAAAAAAGAAACUAGUCGGUCCUAAUUCUGAAGGCAUAAGGUGGUAUAUUCAAAAAAAUACAGGACAUCCUUUUUUACAUCUACGACUUUCUCAGUUUAUUUAGACAGAACAGUUCAUGAAAAAUCUAAAUGUUGGCCAGUACAUGUUGUUUUUAGUUUUUUAUAACGUUUUUUUAGGUUACUUUUGUCAGGAAAAGAUGCGGGCCUCUCAGAAAUGCACUCCUCAAAUGAGCAUCUUAGUCUUUUUGUUGUUUUUGUUGACUACCAGUCCAUCGUCCACAUAUGUGACAGACAUUCCAUUCAUGUUCUUGGGGCAUUUCUUAAGCAGUCCUUGUGGGGUUUUUAUGAUGAAUUUUAAGAGAUUCUGUUGUAUUAACAGUUUUGAGGGUUUUUUUUUUGUCACUGAAAGGCAUGUAUCGCACAGGAAAAACAAGUUAACUUUUGAAUAUGUGUGACUCUGACUGUGGUUUCAACUUUAUUUUAAGAGUGCUAUUAAACAAAACUGUUACAAAUGACAUCAAAUCUGUCAACUGAACUGAAUAAACAGAAAGUUCUGUACCGA